AUGGGUUAUAUCGGGUCAUCUGCGUUGGCAAUAGGGGCCUUUGCGGCGGUUGUGUUCGCCAUUGUAAUUGCAUAUCACGAUUUAGCGCUUGAAAGACUGAGAAAAUACUGCACACCAACACCGCAGGAAGCUGAAUGGGCCGCUGCCUAUGUUGAAAUUGCAGAAGAUGAUGUCGACAUCCUCGACUAUGGGGAAGAACAACUCGGGGUGUCAGUCCCCUCAGCUCGUCAGCGCGAGCUGGGCGUACACCCCACGCCUGCCGCAGCAGCACAAGAGCUAUUGAAAGGAGCUGGCUCCGCAAAACUGCAUAUUCCAAAUGCAGUAACAGAACAAGUCAACGGAAAAUUCUACGUUACUGACUCAUCCAGCCGCAGCGACGCUGGCAGGUUCGGCCUCAUUGGGUUCGAAGGUGCCAACUGGGGCACAGGCCGUCUGCUUUCUGUUGACCUCAAAACAGACACUGCAGAAGUUGUAGGAGAAGGCAUUCCCUUUGCUAACGGGGCGGUGGUUACUUACGACAAAUCCGGCGUCUUUGUUGCAGCUUUAAACGCUCGGCAGAUCCGCUAUUACCCCUUUUCCUCUUCAUCUGAGGCCACAGGAGAGGCGGAGGGGUGGCGGCCAGUGCUGACGCUGCCGAUUCCGCCUGAUAAUAUAACACGAGUUGAAGUAGAUGGUAAACAGCUGUACGCCGCGGUGUCUUUUGGGGCCCCCUUCCUCCCUCCCUUUGUUUGGAGCAGCGACGGAGACGGUUUGCUGCAGCACCUGCGUUCAGCUGUAUGGACAGCCUGCAGCCGCGCGCUGCGCCCCUAUAGACCCUUUCCUCUCUUCGGUGGCAUUCUCUUCCCUCUGAUGCAAUUGCUGCCGAGUUCCUUCUUUGAUUUUCUGAUUAAAGUCGGAGCAAAAAGAACAAACAGAGGGGGCCAAGUGGUUUUCUUCGACGGGGCUGGAAAAAUACACAAGUGGUUGUCUCUCCCCGCGAAAUGCCGUUUCUCGUCAGAGGUAAUACUGCACAAGUGGCCGAAUUCUAAGGAGGCGGUGAUGUUAGUCGGCGCCUUCAGGCCCGAGCAGCCGCUUUGCCAGCAGCUGCAGCAACUGCAGCAGCAGCAUCAACAGCAGCAGCAGCAGCAGCAGCAACUGCAGCAGCUGCAGCAGCAGCUGCAGCAACUGCAGCAGCUGCAGCAACAGCUGCAGAUGCAGCAGCUGCAGCAGCUGCAGCAACAGCUGCAGAUGCAGCAGCUGCAGCAGCUGCAGCAGCAGCAGACGCGCCAGGGAUAA